AUGAAUUGUUUAGACGGAGAUCCGAACGAAGAGAAAGUCUUGGCUUUGAUCGAACCUGCAAUACGUUCUGGUGCUGAGUAUUUCUGCAUUGAUGCUGGGUGGUAUGCGGAUGUUGAUGACUGGUGGGAUUCCGUAGGAGAGUGGAAGCCCUCCAGAGUGCGAUUUCCACGAGGCCUCGAAUUUGUCCUUGAUAGCAUCAGAGACGCCAGGAUGAAGCCAGGGCUCUGGAUGGAGCCUGAGGUCGUUGGGGUCAAGAGUCCUGUUGCUGUAGCUUUGCCGGAUGGAGCUUUUUUCCAAAGACUAGGCAGGAGAGUUGUCGAGCAGAGCAGGUAUCAUCUUGAUUUUCGUCACACGGCUGUGACGACUCGAUUAGAUAAGAUCAUUGACGGUUUGAUCACUGGUCUCGGCGUGCAAUACUUCAAAUUCGACGCCAACGUCGAUGUAACACAGGGCACAGAUUGCAACGCCUCCAGCCCGGGAGAUGGCAUGUUCGAGCAUCGUCGAGCGUAUAUGGCCUGGGUCAAUGGUAUUUACGAUCGCUUUCCAGAUCUCGUGAUUGAAUCAUGCUCGAGCGGCGGCCAACGACUCGACUAUCAUACGCUUGCUACGCACAGCAUUCAGUCGACUAGUGAUCAGACCGAUCCAGUCAUCUAUGCGGCCAUCUCAGCCAACAUCCUUACCGCCUUGACACCCGAGCAGAGUGCGAGCUGGGCAUUACCACAGCCUGAGUACCAUGACGAUCUCAUCGCACUGUGCAUGGUGAAUAGCCUAAUGGGGAAGACUUUACAUUAG